AUGGCAACUCGUGGUGGGCUUCUUGCCUCGUAUAAGGAAAUCACUUGUGACACUAGUAGUCGACCAGCAGCAGCUGCUCGAGCAGAAGCACGGACACAGCGGGUGCAGUCUGACACUGCGUUGGCUAUCUCGGACUUGGAGGCGAUAUGUCAACUGGCUGAUAGUAUGGAUGACGACAGCAAGACAUCGACGCCGUCUCUAACGGCUAGACCCUCGACCAGCCCAGCACCGCGACCCCCUUUGGGUGGUAUCGGUGGCACUGGCCAGGGUCCAGGCAGUGGUGUACCGCAGCUUAGCCCACUUGAGACGGCAAGGCUUAACAUGAAGCAUACCGUGAGUGCUGCGGCUGCUGUCGGUUUAGCUUCCGUAUCAACAGAUGUCUUUGAGUUCGCUGAUGAUCGUUCUGUUGGGAGUGGUUCAGCUUACCCAUCACCAUCGCCUCAGUAUACCCCAUUCCCGUACAAUACUGUUGGUAGUCCGCUCUCGGCCACGCCUUUGCGAGGAACGACAACGAAACGUCGACCACGAGCUCGAAAAUCAGCCAAUAUGGGUGAU